GAGAACACUUAAGGUGAUGAACCAUGAGGAGCUGCCAAAAAGGGUCACUGAUCUGCAUGCUUGCCUUGCUUCUGUUCGCACCAGUCUGUAGUAAUAUGGCAAGGCUGGUGAAAGGACGUGGACCUUGUGAGGGGAGAGUGGAGGUCUUUCACAGUGGAGCAUGGGGUACAGUGUGUGAUGACAACUGGGACAUGCAGGAUGUUGCCGUGGUGUGCAGAGAGCUGGGCUGUGGAGAGGCGCUGUCAGCCCUACCCUGGGCUCACUUUGGACAGGGAACUGGUAGAAUCUGGCAUUAUCAUUGCCAUGGAUUGGAGUCUACAUUCAGUGAGUGUAGAAGUACACAAGCUGAUGACUGUGGACAUCAUGAAGAUGCAAGUGCUGUGUGCUCAGGUACUGGUGCACGUUUAGUGGGUGGCAGCAGCUCCUGCUCUGGGAGACUAGAAGUGCUGCGGGAUAAUAGCUGGAAGAGCAUUUGUGAUGUAAACUUUAAUCAGAAGGCAGCUGAAGUUGUCUGUCAGGAAUUGGAUUGUGGAGCUCCAAAAGAAUAUCGAGCAGAAAUGUUGGGUCAAGGAAGGGGUUCAUUUUGGGAGAAAAAGAUUCUGUGCAGAGGAAAUGAAAAAAAGAUUUUUGAUUGUCCAUUCACUGAGAGUGCAGCAGGGCAUUGUACUGAAAGGAACAAUGUUGGCCUUGUUUGUGUUCCUUACAGACUGGUAAAUGGCUCCAACUCCUGUUCUGGUCGAGUUGAGCUUUAUUACGGCAAGCAGUGGGGGACUGUCUGUGAUCGUUACUGGGACCUACAGGAUGCCAAUGUUCUCUGUAACCACUUAGGGUGUGGAUAUGCAAUUGAAGUCCCUGGACAGGCCAGGUUUGGCAAAGGCAGUGGAGAAAUAUGGAGAGAUAAUCUUCAAUGUGAAGGUGAUGAAGCUGACCUGACAAAGUGCCCAGCUCUUGAUUAUGGGAGUGAGGAGUGCACACAUUGGCAUGAUGCUGGUGUUAUUUGCUCUGGUAUCAAUAUGGGCCUACCUUCAAGAUCCAGAAGACCAACUGGAGGCAAUCAGUUUGCCCUCAGGUUGACCAAUGGAACAGGUGUCUGUGAUGGAAGACUCGAGAUAUUCUACAAUGGAUCCUGGGGGACAGUGUGUGAUGAUUCCUGGGACUUACCAGAUGCAAAUGUAGUUUGUAGGCAGCUCCAGUGUGAGAUGCCUGUAAAUGCCAUAACUCCAGUCUCAUAUGGACCAGGAAGUGGACAUAUUUGGCUGGAUGAUGUGCACUGUCAGGGAAAUGAAUCAUCUCUGCGGGACUGUAGACAUCAAACAUGGGGACAGCAUAACUGUAGGCAUAAAGAAGAUGUAGGAGUAAAUUGUACAGAAUUCAAGAUGCUGAGGUUAACUGAUGGCUGUUCGGGACAACUUCAGGCUUUCUAUAACAACUCAUGGGGCAGCGUCUGUGCAAAUAACAUGGAUAAGGCCACUGCUGCCAUGAUCUGCCAAGAAUUAGGCUGUGGAAAUCUUACCUCUGAUGUUAAAGAAGAAUUAUCAAAACUGGACCCUGAUCCAAAAUGGCUGGACAAAGUUAGAUGUAGAGGACAUGAGGCUUCUAUCUGGCAAUGUCCCUCUUCUCCAUGGGGUAAAAAUGCAUGCACCAGGACUGAAGUGGCAAAAUUCUCUUGCACAGAUUUCUCUCCUGCAACAGUUGCUAAACAUGGCACGUACUACAGUAUUAAACAAUGUCUACACAGAUACAUCCUCUUGUACACCACCAAAUUAAAAUUUGGGAUUAAGGACUUCAGGGACAUCUCAAGCACCCAGAUGGAGUAUUUCAAUAGGUGCAUUCCUAUCCCUAAGUUUGUGGUAACAGUUCCUGAAUGGGGAUUAAAAGCUCCUACUGAUCAGUAUUUUAAUGACUUUGGAGUUGAGAGUGAAGUAAGAGGCAAACUGGAAGGAGAAAGAGAAGUCAGAGAUGUUCUUGAAGAAGGUGUGGGAGGAACUAUGAAAGUAAGCACUACUAACCCAAAACACUGUUCAGAGGACCUCACUCAGGAGCACUGCUCAGAGCCUCUAGAAUUGAGACUGGUUGGAGGAGCGAAUAACUGUUCAGGGCGAAUAGAAAUAAUGUAUGGAGACACCUGGGGUACAGUCUGUGAUGACGACUGGGACCUUAAGGAUGUGAAGGUGGUCUGUCGACAGCUUCGCUGUGGAGAAGCUGUGAGUGCAGAACUGGAGUUUGGAGGUGGAAGUGGUGUCAUCUGGCUAAACAAAGUGAAGUGCAGGGGAACUGAAGCUCACUUGUGGGACUGCCAACACGAACCCCUGGGAAAAAAUGACUGUGUACACAAGGAGGAUGCAGGAGUGAAGUGUACAGGAUUUGCACAGGAUAUCAAGGCUCCAAAAGAAGUCCCCAACAUCAAGGCAUUCAAAGAGCAACCCAUCCUUGUGAUUGUCUGUAUUGUACUUGGAGCUCUUCUCUUCCUCAUAUUAGUCCUGCUGGUUGGGCAGCUUCAAAGAAAUAGAACUUUAAAGAAAGGAAUGGCCAUGGAUGAACUUCUUCCCAUCAAUAACGCAGUUUAUGAGGAAAUUGAGUACAAGCUGGCCAGACAGGGAACUUAUGGAGCAGCCAGGAAAGGAAGCUUUUUGUCUGAUGAGCUACCAUAUGACUAUGAGGACAUUGAAGAUGACUAUCAAGAUCACAUUCUAGGUAGGAAACUGGCUUCUUUGGAAACGGAUAGCCCUGGCUACUAUGAUGAUACUACAAUAGAACAAAUUGAAAACCUUCCAGAAAACAUUUCCCAUGAUGAGCUGCUCUACAGUUAUGAUGAUGUCGAGAAACCUUUAGAAAACUCCACAGUAGAUUCUCAUGCUGCUGUGCAGUACCCGUUACCUCCAGAAUACGAUGACAUUGAGGAUGAGGCUGUUGGAGAACAAUCCGAUUUCAUCCAUGCCGGGUGCGCGACCAGUCUUGAGUAUUUCACACUCACAGGAAGUCUGUUGUCAGAUGAGCUGCCCUAUGACUAUGAGGAUAUCGAGGAUAGUGAGAAUGAACAUAUCUCAGAUAACAUUGCUCCUGAUGAAGUGCCUUACAACUACGAUGAUGUUGAUGAAUACGUGGAUCACCCAAGAGCAGGAUACACAGGAUACAGGCUGGUCAAUGGCACUGAUUCUUGUUCUGGCCGUGUGGAGUUGCAGUUUGGUGGUAAAUGGGGAACUGUCUGUGAUCAGUAUUGGACUCUGAAAGAUGCCAAUGUUUUGUGCCACCAACUGAAAUGUGGGUAUGCAAUUGAAGCUCCAGGACAGGCCAGGUUUGGAGAAGGAUCUGGUGAAAUAUGGGCAGAUAUAUUUGGCUGUGAAGGCAGUGAGACCCACUUGUCAAAGUGCCCCAUAUCUGUCUGGGGACGAGAAGGCUGCACUCAUGCAAAUGAUGCCGGUGUGAUUUGUUCUUACAGUCAAGAUCUGAAGCUGGUGAACGGCAGAGGACCGUGUGAGGGGAGAGUGGAGGUGCUUCGUAACGGGCAGUGGGGCACCGUGUGUGGUUAUAGCUCUGACUGGGACAUGAAGGACGCUGCCGUCGUGUGCAGACAGCUGGGCUGUGGGGAGGCUCUGUCAGCACCACUCUAUGCUCACUUUGGAUGGGGAACUGGGCGAGUCUUGAUGAGUGAUGUUAACUGUAAAGGACAGGAGUCUGCGCUGAAGGACUGUGAAAGUAGAACCAUCUUCUGCGAUAACUAUUACGACGUGAGUGCGGUGUGCUCAGGUACUGGUGCCCGUUUAGUUGGUGGCAGCAGCUCCUGCUCUGGGAGACUAGAAAUGUUAGACGGUUACAGCUGGAAGAGCAUCUGUGAGGCCAACUUUAAUCAGAUGGCCGCUGAGGUUGUCUGCCGUGAACUGGAUUGUGGAGUUCCCAAAAAAUAUCAGGGAGGAAUGUUUGGUCAAGGAAGUGGUACAGUUUGGGAAAAAAAGAUUCAGUGCAGAGAAAGUGAAAAAAAGAUUUUUGACUGUUCAUCACCAAACAGCGCAGCAGGGCGUUGUACUAAAAGGAACGAUGUUGGACUUGUUUGUGUUCCUUGCAGACUAGUGAACGGUUCUGAUUCUGAGUGCUCUGGACGAGUUGAACUUUACUAUGACCGUAGGUGGGGAACAGUCUGUGAUCGCUACUGGGACCUGCAGGACGCCAGUGUUCUCUGUAACCAGAUAGGCUGUGGAUAUGCAAUUGAAGCCCCUGGACAGGCCAGGUUUGGAGAAGGCAAAGGAGAAAUAUGGAGAGAUAAUCUUCACUGUGAGGGAGAUGAGACUGACCUGACAAAGUGCCCAGCUCUUGAUUACGGACGUGGAGAAUGCACACAUAAGAAUGAUGCUGGUGUUAUUUGUUCUAACCAGAAUUUUGGAGUCAGACUGUCAGGUGGCCCCAGUCGAUGUGAAGGAUGGGUGGAAGUUUAUUACAAGAAGGACUGGGCAAGAGUCAUGAUGGAAUCCUGGAGUUCCAGAGAUGCCACAGUGGUGUGUAGACAACUUGGCUGUGGCACUAGGACUCAAAUGCCAAAUUCUUCACAAUACAAGAAGAGCAGUAAAACUGUGUGUCUAAAAGGCUUUCUGUGUUCUGGGAAUGAAAAACAUUUGGGGUCCUGCAGUCAACCAAAGGAAAACAAAUGUGUAGGUAGUGCUAAUGCUGCAGUUCAAUGUGUUGAUCAUUUGGACCUCAGGCUGACUAAUGGAACAAGUGUCUGUGAUGGAAGACUGGAAAUAUUCUAUAAUGGAUCCUGGGGGACAGUGUGUGAUGAUUCCUGGGAUUUACCAGAUGCAAAUGUAGUUUGCCGGCAGCUCCAGUGUGAGGCAGCUGUAGAAGCCAUAACUCCAGUCUCAUAUGGACCAGGAAGUGGACACAUUUGGCUGGACGAUGUGCACUGUCAGGGGAAUGAAUCAUCUCUCUCGAUCUGUACACAUCGAGGAUGGGGACAAAAUGACUGCAGGCAUAAGGAGGAUGUGGGAGUAAAUUGUACAGAAUUCAAGAUGCUACGGUUAACAGAUGGCUGCUCUGGACAACUUCAGGUUUUCUAUAAUAACUCAUGGGGCAGCGUCUGUGCAAAUAACAUGGAUAAAGCAACUGCUGCCAAGUUCUGUCAGGAAUUGGGCUGUGGCAGUCUUAAGUCUGAUGUUAAAGAAGAAUUAUCAAAGCUGGACCUUGAUCCAAAAUGGCUGGACAAUGUGAGAUGUAGAGGACAUGAGGCUUCCGUCUGGCAGUGUCCCUCAUCUCCCUGGGGUAAAAAUACAUGCACCAGGACUGAAGUGGCAGCAUUCUCUUGCACAGGAAGUAUGAAAGUCAGCACCAAUAACCCAAAGCCCUGUUCAGAGGACCUCACUCAGAAGCGCUGCUCAGAGGCCUUAGACUUGAGACUGGUUGAAGGAGCUAAUAACUGCUCAGGGCGAGUAGAAAUAAAGUAUGGAGACACAUGGGGCACAGUCUGUGAUGACGACUGGGACAUGAAGGACGUGAAAGUGGUCUGCCAACAACUUCGUUGUGGGGAACCCAUGAGUGCAGAACUGGAGUUUGGAGGAGGACGUGGCGUUAUCUGGCUAAACAAAGUGAGGUGUAGGGGCACCGAGGCCCACCUGUGGGACUGCCAACAUGAACCACUAGGAAAGAAUGACUGUGAGCACAAGGAGGAUGCAGGAGUGAACUGCACAGGAUUUGCACAGGAUAACAAGACUCCAAUACCAAAAGUCUCCAAUAUCAAGGGUUCCAAAGAGCAGCCCAUCCUCAUGAUUGUCUGUAUUGUCCUCGGAGCGCUUCUCUUCCUAAUAACAGUCCUGCUGGUUGGUCAGCUUCAAAGAAACCGGACGCUAAAGAAAGGAAUGGCCAUGGAUGAACUUCUUCCCAUCAAUAAUGCAGUCUAUGAGGAAAUUGAGUAUAAACUGGCCAGACAGGGGACUUAUGGAGCACCAAGGAAAGGGAGCUUUCUGUCUGAUGAGCUACCAUAUGACUACGAGGACAUUGAGGACGAUGACCAAGACCAUGUUCUAGGUAGGAAACUGGCUUCGUUGGAUAGCCCUGGCUACUAUGAUGAUACUGAAAUAGGAAAAACAGAAGACCUGCCAGAAAACAUCCCUCAUGAUGAGCUGCUUUACAACUAUGACGAUGUUGAGGAACCCUUAGAAUACUCCACAAUCGGAUUUGCACAGGAUAACACGACUCCAAUACCAAAAGAAGUCUCCAAUAUCAAGGGUUCCAAAGAGCAGCCCAUCCUCAUGAUUGUCUGUAUUGUCCUCGGAGCGCUUCUCUUCCUAAUAACAGUCCUGCUGGUUGGUCAGCUUCAAAGAAACCGGACACUAAAGAAAGGAAUGGCCAUGGAUGAACUUCUUCCCAUCAAUAAUGCAGUCUAUGAGGAAAUUGAGUAUAAACUGGCCAGACAGGGGACUUAUGGAGCACCAAGGAAAGGGAGCUUUCUGUCUGAUGAGCUACCAUAUGACUACGAGGACAUUGAGGACGAUGACCAAGACCAUGUUCUAGGUAGGAAACUGGCUUCGUUGGAUGGCCCUGGCUACUAUGAUGAUACUGAAAUAGGAAAAACAGAAGACCUGCCAGAACACAUCCCUCAUGAUGAGCUGCUUUACAACUAUGACGAUGUUGAGGAACCCUUAGAAUACUCCACAAUCGGAUACAGGCUGGUCAAUGGCGCUGAUUCUCGCUCUGGCCGUGUGGAGUUGCAGUUUGGUGGUAAAUGGGGAACUGUCUGUGAUCAGUAUUGGACUCUGAAAGAUGCCAAUGUUUUGUGCCACCAACUGAAAUGUGGGUAUGCAAUUGAAGCUCCAGGACAGGCCAGGUUUGGAGAAGGAUCUGGUGAAAUAUGGGCAGAUAUAUUUGGCUGUGAAGGCAGUGAGACCCACUUGUCAAAGUGCCCCACAUCUGUCUGGGAACGAGGAGACUGCACUCAUGCAAAUGAUGUGAUUUGUUCUUUAAAGGAUGGUGGAGUCAGACUCUUAGGUGGUCAACAAAUUUGUGAAGGACGUGUGGAGGUUUUCUACAACAGGACCGGGUCAAGAGUUAUUGAUAACUCCUGGGGUGACAAAGAAUCUUCACUGGUCUGCAGACAGCUUGGCUGUGGCUCAGGAAUGCAGGCCUCCACUUCCUACCUUUAUGGAAAGGGCAAAGGAAAUGUGUGUGUGACAGGCAUUCAGUGCUCUGAGAAGAAUUGUACUCAUCCACAAACAGCCCAUUGUGGAAUCAGUCAUGAUGUGACGGUCAUCUGUUCAGGUGAGUAA